AUGAACGAUCCGCAGGCCCCGAUCCUUGUUCCCGGGUCCGCGAAGCCCGCCGGCCCAUCACUACUAGCAUGUCUUCUCUGUCGCCACAAACACCUCAAAUGCGAUGGCAAGACACCCAUUUGCGGUCGCUGUCUUCUGACCGGCUCGGAAUGCCAAUAUACUAAAUCGCGACGGGGCUACAAAGGCCCUUCUAAGAAGCGUCGCGCCGAACCAUACUCCCCCGACCAACUUGUCACGGAUCCCGCACCCGGCAUGGUCGAAGUUCCCAUCGACUGGUCCCUACAAGGGAAUUUCAAUUAUGCGCCGACCACGAUGCCGCUGCCUUCGUCAGGAUCGGCCAGUCCGAUAUUCAAUGGCGUGCCAUCGAUGACGACGACCAUGACAACAAAUACAGCAACGACCACGCCCCCCGCUCGCCCGGUGACAGGAACCCUCGCAGGACCGAUGACCCCGGAAUCUGCUUCCUCGGUCGGCGGCGACGGCUACCUUCUCGAUAUCUACUACACCUACUUCCACUCUGCUCAUCCGGUUCUCCCACCGCUGCGCUUCCUCUAUCGUGGUAGCCAAUGCCCCCCGUACUUGGAACAGGUGAUGAAAUUCAUUGCCGCCCACUUUACUCCCGCGGCUUCGCCGGAAACCUAUCGCCCGACCGUCGUCGCAGGUGUACAGGACCAACUGCCCUCCGUGGAAAAGGUGCAGGCAAUGCUGCUCUUGGCGAUUGUGCUGCACUCGCGCAAUGAGCGUGGGGAAGCCAAGGAAUGUCUAGAUGUCGCGAUCGACCUGGCAUUCGAGCUAGGCUUGAAUCAAGCCACUUUUGCCGAGACGGCAAGUAACGGCGACCCAAUCCGAGCAGAGUGCUUGCGCCGUACCUGGUGGGAGCUGUUCGUCGUUGAGGGCUUAUUGACAGCCCUGGGCGUACAGCAGGUCUACCGUACGAAUUUGGUGCCACCCGAGGUGCCCCUCCCGUGCGAGGAGCGCAUCUACCAGGAUGGCCUGACACCGCCGACCCCGCCGACCAUCGCACAGUUUGAUGGACGUGUGUUUGCCGACGAUGAGCGCGAUUUCUCCUCGUAUUCGUACCGAAUCGAAGCUGUGCGAAUUCUCGGUCGCGUAGUAGCGACCCAGGACAUGGUGGAAGGCCAGCAGGACCAUGUCGAAGCCAUUGAUGCGCGUAUCACGAGCUGGUUCCUCCACUUGCCCGAGUCCAAAUCCGAGCUGAUGCGACCGGAUGGUUCAGUAGAUGAGAUCAUGUUCCAGGCGACCAUGAUUGUGAAUGGUGCUUCCAUUUACCUGAACUUCCCUCGAUCGGAUCUCCUGUCGUCCCCCGCGGUCGCUUCAGAGGUUAUUUGUGGUCACCACGGUCCGAUCAGUGUUCCCGCCUUCUCCCAUCAUGCUCAUGCCAUGAAGGCAGUCAAGGCAGCCAGUGAGUUGUCCUCUUUGGCAGCCAUUCGUCUGCCCGUGGAACGGCACACCCCGUUCUUCAUCUGCGCUCUCACCCUGAGCUCUAUGGUCCAAUUGGCGGCUUGCUCCGUCAAGGCAGGCCAGAUGCCUGAUCCGAGUCGGGAUCGUAUCGGUCUCACCAUUGGUGUGUUCAAGUCGUUGGCGCGUACCUGGGCAAUUUCUCAAUCGAUCAUGCGUCAGAUCAAGGCCGUUGCCCGCGAUGUACUGGACAUGGGUGUGCGCCCUAGCAUUGAGUCGCUUGAUCUUACCUCGAUUCUGGACGUCAACGAUCGCUUCUGGAUUCAGGAUGGUCCUAGCUGA